GCUCAGGCCCCGUACGCCCGCCCGAGAUCCAAAGCGCCCCUUUCCCUGAUCUCUCCCCGUCGCGCGCGCCAGCUCGCCGGCGCGCACGCACGCACGCGGCCGCGGAAAUGGCGGACGACUCUACGGCCACCGCCUCCGCCUCCGCCCCCGCCCCGGCGUCGCCGUGCUCCGCCCCCUCCCGGCCCACGGACCCCGACUUCCUCAGCUGCGUCCUCCAGCCCCCGACCUCCUCCUCCUCAACCUCCCGCCCCGACCCCGACUACGCCGCCCUCCGCCGCCUCCUCCUCCGCCGCAAGUCCUCCUCCGCGCUCAACCACCGCAUGGAGUGGCGGUGCAACGGCAAGGGCUACGUCGCCUACCGGAACUUCCUCCUCCGCCGUAUCGAAGCCGCCUCAAGCAGCGCCCACAGCACGCCCAGCAACAGUGGGAGGUGGUUUGCUAGCCCUACUACAUUUUCUGAAGCAGACAGCUGGAGUUCUAUCAGGGACCUCAGAAGUAACAGCGGUAAGUUAAGCCGCACCAUGAGUGUCAGCUCAAAGCAGAGUGAACCUGAGCGCCAUGUCAGAUUCGCCGAACCUGCGUACUCGUUUGUUGGAAUGCAUUGCAUCUUUGACAAUUGCAAAGCAUCAGUUACCGUAUUGCAAUUUGGCCGCACGAAUUCAGAUCUGCUUGCUUAUGGUUCAUCCGAUGGCAGUUUGACGGUUUGCCAGGUUUCUGAGCCACCCUCUGUUCUUCAAAAAUUAACAGGACAUUCAAAAGAUAUCACAGAUUUUGAUUUUUCAUCUAAUAACCAGUACAUAGCUUCAUGCUCCAUGGAUAAAACUGUGAGAGUGUGGGAGAUCUCUAAAGGCACUUGUAUCAGAGUCGUAUAUGGAGUUUCUUCCCAGCUAUGCAUCUGCUUUCAUCCCGUGAACAAUAAUUUGCUGUUAGUUGGCAAUGCAAACAGGGAAAUCAAUGCAAUUAAUUUUAGUACUGGGAGAGUAAUCAGCAAACUCACCUGUGACAAUGCGGUUACAGCGUUGGAUAUCGACCACACUGGUCAGCUUAUUUUUGCUGGUGAUGCGCAGGGUUACAUAUACACUAUUAGUGUGAACUCUCACACAGGGUCUUUAUCUAGAACUCAUAAGAACAAGAGUUGUAAGAGCAAAUCUUCCAUUACAACCAUCCAGUACCGUACCUUCUCUCUCGUAGCACGUUGUCCAGUACUUCUCUCUUGUGCUCAAGAUGGAAACCUGUAUUUCUUCAGCAUUGCAACAAAUUCCCAUGGAUACUUGACUCUCAUAUGCUCUCUAAAAUUGGCUUCACCAGUGCAGAAUAUCCGUGCUUCUUUCUGUCCACUUCUUUCCCUUGAGAAAGGGGAAUUCAUAGUUACUGGCAGUGGAGAUUCGAAUGUUUACUUCUAUGAUUUGGCUCGGCCAAAGAAUUCAUGUGUAAAUAAACUGCAGGGACACGGCUCUCCAGUAAUGGGAGUAGCCUGGAAUCACGGGGAAAAUUUGCUCGCCUCAUCCGAUUCAGAUGGUACAGUUAUUGUAUGGAAACGAGCAAAAACUAAUUAGAGUGAACGCCACAUCUCGAGGAUGCUUGUAUACAGCAAUUGUAGAGGCUGAUACAUUGUCCCAACAGAGGCAUUGCCUAGCGCGCAUUGUACCCGCCACCAUGUUGUAACAUACCACAAGGCCUGGGCAAGAAGAUGGACCGGCCUUCAAUUAUAUUUACAGAAGUAUAGGUCUCCCAGUAGAGUGUAAAUCAUUUUUUUCCCCUGUGUAUCUUGUAUCAUUUCAUGCUUUUGCCCCCAAUUACAUUGAUUUUGUUGUUCAAUACUGAAAGGUAUAGUGGAAAUAGUACCCUGGGUUUUCAAAUCCAUUUGGUGCAUCAUGAUGUUGCUCUUCAAAACAAAGUUUAUGAAAUGAAAUGGAUUUGCUGCAUUA